AUGUUCCUCGACUCAAACACACAGAUGCAAACCAGCCAAUUUUACCCGAACAUGCAGCAGGCCCAGCCGUUGGCCGGCUACGGCUAUCAGCCUACUGGAAACUACGUUCAGACCCCUAUGCACAACUACUACGGUCAGCCCUACAGCAUGCCGCCACAGAUGAUGCCCCAAGCGCAAGCGUAUCCGCAACAGCCUAUGCAACAGCCGACACAGCCACCACGUCGCGAGCGCAAGGUGAUAGCGAUCUGCGACCCCCGCACCGGCAAUGCAGUCGAAAUUGGUGGACCCAGUGCUGCUGCCAGCAAGCCCGAGGAGAAAACCGACGGUCCGCUGAACAUACGCGCCCAAUUCGCCAAUCAACUGAAGCUGAAAGAAGGCGAAGCUCAGGCCAAUCUUGAAAAGCCGGCUGAAACGCCUGCGCCUACGCCUGCCCCGCCGGUCGCCGCCCCGGUGAAGCCCGUUGAACAGACGCCGAAGCCGGCCGAGGAUAUUCCCGCCCUGGUUCCAGUAGAACAGCCCAAGACCGAGACAAAGCAGGCUAGCUCGUCAGCACCGAUCGAGCCUGUUCCGUCACCCGUUGUUGAAGCUGCUCCUGAAGCGGAGAAACCGGUGCCAGAGGCGACAAUUGUUGCCUCUCCGCCACCGACCACCGAGAAGCUUCUCGAUGCGGAGGAUACGGUUGUGGCCCCACCCAAGACCCCGGAAGCUUCCGAAGAUCGCGCGAAAAGCGUCAGCCCGCUCCCCGUGGCUCCGGUGAUGACCAGCAGCAUGGUCGAAGACACCGUCGAGGAAGAGGAUGAGACGGAGCCGGAGAAGACUGACGAGGAACGGGCUGCUGAAGAGGCCGAGCGGAAGCGCCUUCGUGAGCAGGAACUGAUCACCGCCUUGAAUGACGUCGAGCUCGAGGAAGAAGACCUGAUUAACAUGAAGGUCUACUCCCGUAAAUUCCUUGCCACGAUCUGCGAUAUCGAGAAGGAGCUGCAAUGGAAUCAGUCAUUCGUCAAGGAAGAAGAGUUGAAGAUGUUGGGUGUCGAUCUGCGCUCAGCUCCAGUUCGUGCCGAGCAGCCACGGCAGAUCCGUAACAACAAAGGUUUCGACCCGAACCCCUUCUGGCUCAAGCAAGGAACUACUGCACCACAGGACCGCAAGCCAUACGCCGGCCGCACCUCUCACGAUUCCUAUCGCGGACGUACAUCGGCACAUCGUGGAAAGGCACCUAUUAACCGAGGCUCGAUCGAAAGGGCGCCCCCAGUACAGCUUCGUAAAGCUGAGAAUGCCUGGAAGCCAGACAAGAAACUUGACGGGCUGUCGGAGCGUGAGGCAGAAAAUAAGGUCAUCCUGAAGAAGGUGCGAGCGUUGAUGAACAAGAUCACCCCGACCACAGAGGGCGAAUUGACGAAGGAGCUGAUCAGCUAUAAGGUCUCCCAGGACCGCGAGCUCCUUCUCGCGGUCAUCGACAUCUUUUUCGAUAAAGCUGUGGAAGAGCCGAAGUUCUGUCCGCUUUACUCACAGAUGUGCCAACGACAAGUUCAACACGAAACAGAUGAAAGAAAGGCCAAUCGUUCCGAUUUCCGAGAUGCCGUCUUGACGCGAGCACAGAAAACUUUUGAGAAAGCAGAUGAAGAGGAACUUGAACAAAAGAUCAAAGCGGCCGCCGAGGAGACCGAUCCAAAGAAAAAGGCCGAAUUGGAUAUCUUGGCUCAGGAAUUUGCUGCGAAGAUGCGCCGGCGGAAGUUUGGAAACAUCACGUUCAUUGGCCAGCUAUAUUAUCAAGGACUACUCAACUACAAGGUGAUCGUGAUGUGCUUGAUGAAGCUGGUGCGACCAGCAAAUGAGGCGGCCAAUGCCGGCACGGAAAAAUUCACCCCCGAAAUUGAGGAAGAACUUGAUUGCUGCGUCCGUUUGAUGGAAGCUGUUGGUUCCAAAGUCGAGCAAGAAAAAGUGCGAGGAAAGGCAGCCUAUGAUGCGGCCGAAAAGCGGCUCAACGAGGAUAAGAAGAAGUACCAGAAGCAGACCAUCAGCCUCGACCAACUCAAAGCCACCGAGGCGCUCUUCGAGAAGCAAAAAUCCUGGCAGCAAAGUCUCGGCAUCUUUGACCAAGUCAGCGGGCAGCUUCACGAAAUCAAACCGAGGGCCAGCGCUCGAAUUCGGUUUAUGAUUAUGAACCUGAACGAGCUGAGGAAUGCUAAGUGGCAAAAGCGCAAGGGAGCUGAUGAGGGACCGAAAACUAUGGAUGCUCUGCACCAGACGAUCAAGGAAGAACAUCAGCGCAACGAGGCAGACCGCAGGGGCUACGAGAAGACGAGGUUUGGCGAGGACCGGGACCGCGGUUACGGCGGCGGCGGCAUGAAGAAGGCUCCUCUUCCUGGUCGUCAUUCAGUCGGUGGCGGCGGCUCACAGCAGAGGGGUUCACAAGACCGACGUCUUCAAGCAGCGAAGCAGACCAUCGGCACAUCGACCCAACCGAAGCCUGCUCUUGGACAGGUUUCCGCUUCGGAGAACCGUGGAGGUUUCAACCGCACCAACUGGGGCUCGCGUGGAGCAGGAGGUGGCGGAGAAAUGGACAGGAAAAUGAGCCGUGGGAACGGACCUGCGCGGGACUUUGGCGACAGCCGAAAGCAAUCGACCGCUGACCGACCGCGACAAGGUGAGUUGGCACCAGUGGAUGGAGGCGAAAAAAAUCCUGGAGAGGGCCAAAACGCUGACGGCAGACGAGAAAUCGACUCACCGGCCCUCGAACGGUCCGAAUCUCAGGACUCGAUUCCGGCGGUCACCCCUGAUCAACAGCGCACGCUCAGCGAAGAGGAGACAUUGAUGGUACGAUCAGUUGGAACUGCUCUCGCGGAGAUCAAUUCCGGUGAUGGCAAACUGACCGAGUUCGAUGUCGAGGUGAAGGAGGCGAUGCAGCGCAAUAAAGUCAGCUUGCGAAGUGCAGUCAAGGCCCUCGCCGCCCACGUGGCAACAAAACUCUCGUCUUCCGAUAAGACCGCGCAGCAACGUGAUGCCGGUCGGGCACUGGCCGUCCUCCUUGGCUCCGACGAUUUCAAGGCGCAGCGGGCAGAGGGCUUGAAAGGGCUGGUCGACUUCGCCAUGUAUGCGGCGCAACAACAACUUUUGGAAGAGUAUCCGUUGCUCUGGAAGUGCUUGGCCAUGAUGAUCUUCGGCGCGAAUUUCUGGCCUGAAGAGCCGGGCAUGCAUAUCGAGCUAAAGGAUUUCAACGCGUUCUUUGCCAUUGCCGCGGAUUACGACAGGCUCGCGGAAGGGGACGACGCUUGCGACAAGGUUUUCGCCGUGUUUGUCAAUGUGCUGACGCUUUUGGCUGAACACAUCCUUGCCGACGGCGGCGAGGAGAGCCUUGGAACGGCCAUCGCCAUGACGUUCUCCGAGGUGGAAUUUGUUAAAGAACUGACCGAGGCGGAGAGGCAGAAGUUGAAUGCCGCUUUGGAGAAGCAGGUCAUCGGCGGCAACCGCAAUCUGCUGACCCUAGUGUCAUGC